AUUCAGCCUACCCUAGGAAACAAGUUCUAUUCAUUGUUCUCUCCUGCUUGUUUGAGCCAGUAUUUUCCAGGCUGCCUCUUGUGUUGGAAGCAAAAUGGGUGUAGUUAAAGCUGGAUAUUUACAGUCUCCUCUGAGCUGGCUUUUCUUUGGGCUUCUAUUAAGAUAUGAUUUGCAUGUUGUGUGGUAAAAUCGAAAGACAUUAAGAGAUGUGCUAAUAAUAUUUUUUCAAAAUGAGGAUUUUUGUUGCCUUUGAAGGACUUUGCGAAUCUUUUGACAUCUCAUCAGAGGAUACAGUGAAAGACGUAAAGCAGAUGAUAAAGGAUUAUUUUCAUGUUCCUCUCUCUGAAGACAAACAAGGCAGGAGAUAUUUGAAAUUGAUGUAUGCAGGAGCAGUGUUAAAGGACAGCUGGAUUCUUGCUGAUGUGGGCAUUUCAGUUUCAUCCAUGAUUAAAUGUGUACUUAAGGAAGAAAACAAGCCCAUUCUCUAUGUAUGUAAUGCUGUCACUCAUGAAAAAGUCCCCAUAAUGGGAAGGAUGUAUCUUCUCUCAUCAAAGGUUUCUCAACUGAAAAAUCUUGUAACCUUGAAGACUGGCUUCCCAAGCAGCAUUUAUUGCCUCAGGACUCAAGAGGGAAGAGAAAUGUAUGACUGCAACACGUUGAGUGAUUAUCAGUUAGAUAUAGGUGCAACUCUUCAUUUGGAUGUUUGGGAUGGAUGGAAAGAAUUUCUGACCGGAUGUGUUUUAGGAAACACACCUAAGGUCCGACGCUAUCUGUCAAAGGAAGAGCCAGUACUCAAAUAUCAAAGGAGGGUAGCUCUGUAUAUGGCAGCCUUCUUUGGACAUCUUCAGCUUUCAGCCUGGCUCCUGAAAAAGAGUACAAAACCCACUGAACCAAUUGGUGUGCAUCCCUAUCGUGAAUGGUGUCAUGAAAACAGUCAUCCCGAUAUCACAAAAUGUCCUGUGCAUGCAGCUGCAGAAGCUGGCCAACUCGUGAUGCUGAAAGCCUUUGUUAAUUUCAGUGCUUUAUGCCUUGAAUGCCAAAACUCUGCCGGGCAAACUCCACUGCAGUUAUGCAUCCAGCACAGACAUAAGGACUGUGUACUGUAUUUAGUCACCAAGAUAUGGUCUGUGGUUUCCUGCCCUAAUUUCUCCCUUCCCAUGAAAAUCUAUAUUAAGUUAAAACUGUGGCUUCUUCAAGCUCAAAAAAAUAUCCAUAGGAAAAAGCGACGCAUCCAGACAGCAACUUUCAGAACACGAGUUGGAGAUGUUGUCCUUGUGGAUGGCUUCACAAAAUCAAAAAUGACUUCCAGAAGUUUGUAUUCAUCCAGAGUCAAGGAUGUGGAUGGCAGAGGAUGCAAACUGCCAAGUUUAAAUGAUCAGUUUCAGCAUGAAGAAGGUAGUCACUCAAGAAUUUCAAAGAGGCAUUUCAAAGGAACCAAUGUCAAAUUACCUCCAGUGAUAGAUGGGAACAAAAGAGCUGACAUGCAUAAACAAAAGAAGCAAAAGAAGAGCAACAAAAGGAAGAAGAGGCCUCUUAGCAGUGCAGACUAUAUGGACCAACAUAUGUGUCUAGCCCGGGUUCCUCUACCCCCUGGACCUGUCCAUAAACCAUCUUAUUAUUAUUCCAUACCCAAUGCAAAGUUCCUAUUAAAACCUUCUCUGGCAUCUUUUUCAGAACACAGUGGAAGAACUCCAAGGGAGAAUGCAAUCUACUGCUUAGCCAUAGCCAGUUCAUUUAAAGAGAAGCCUUGGCUCCAACAACUGAAUAUUGCAAGAACCUUAGCCAAAAAAAGCAUAUGCAAAGCUAUGUACUGAUGAGAUCCGGUUUUAAAUGAGCUUCUUCAAGAGAUUAUUCUUCAGGGAGUGGGCUGAUGAAUUAUAUUUGCAGAUUGUACAACACAUAUAUAAUUUCUGAGAAACUUAAGAACUCCCCAUUUCCUGCCACUGAAAUGACAUUAAAACUGGGUCAAGAAAGGUUUAUAGAGACACAAUAAUACCAGCCAUUAAUAACAUGGCAUCUGUGACUAAAGAUUCUGUAUAAAGCGCCAUAAGCCAUCAGGCUGUGUAAAUAGUCAAAUGUUUGUUUACAGACAGCGGCAGCUCAAUUAGAGAAAGAGAAGGAUUUGCUUUUUCAAAUAAAAAUGACAACUGAAGUUUA